UAUGCGACACGUACGCGCGCACCGCUGAAUUCCAAGCAGCAGUUGCCCAAGUAACGUAGGAGCGCGGGGAAGGAAGGAGCAACGCCAUGGCCUCCGGCGACGCGAGCCCUGACGCUAAGUACGCCUACACCAUCGUGUACGUCACGGACGUGGAGAAGGCGGCCGCCUUCUACGCCGCCGCCUUCGGCUACGCCGUCCGCCGCCUCGACCAGUCCCACAAGUGGGCGGAGCUGGAGAGCGGGGCGACGACGAUCGCGUUCACGCCGCUGCACCAGCGGGAGACGGAUGGGCUGUCGGGGCAGGUGCAGCUGCCGGACGCGACCGCCGCGCGGGGCCCCGUCGAGAUCUGCUUCGUCUACGCGGACGUCGACGCGGCGUACAGGCGCGCCGUCGAGCACGGGGCGACGCCCGUGAGCGCGCCGGAGCAGAAGCCCUGGGGGCAGAAGUCCGGCUUCGUGCGGGACAUGGACGGGAACGUCGUGCGCAUCGGGAGCCACGUCCGCGAGUGAUCUCGGGCUCUCGCUCCGCCCCGGGCGAUCCGUCGGUUCCGGUCAGCUGCUUCCUGCUGCGUGGCAUGCGUAUGGCCUAUGGCGGCAUGGAUGCGGAGGUUUAAUCGGUGUCGACGUGUCGUGUACAUGGCUUAUUAUAGAACAAUAAUAAUAAUAAAUUAAAUCGUGUAGGGAGCUCUAGUCGUGGAGCUAGGUGUAUAUGUGUGCAGACCAGUGUACAAGGCUAGUAGCAAAAUAAACGUGAUCUCGAUCGCCAGUGGCUAGUGGUCAUACGGGUAUCAGA